ACUCAUUUUUUCUCCCACGAAGUCAGUUUUCUCAAACAACGGCCAAGCCAUGGGUGCAUUGCUGCUUCUAUCUACUGUAUAAUCAUAAUAAGGAAGCCUCUCCAAUAUAAAAUUAGAAAGAGAGCAGGUGAUUGAUUGAUUGAUUGAUUGAUUGAUUGAUGAGAUCAAGGUAACUAACUAACAAACUAUUUCUAGUAGUAAGAUGGAUCUUGGCAAUUUGGCAACUCCUGAUCAGAGCCACCACAAGCACAAAGGUCGUCAAGCAGGUCGUGGGGCGAAGGAGAAGAAAAAGGAUGCGAAAUUGAAAAAAGACCAAAAACGAGUGGACCGCCACAAUCCCCGUGCUUUCUCCGUGGCCAACAUUGUCCGUACGCAGCGUACGAUUCAGCGUAACUUGGAUAUUUCUCAAAAGAAGGAGUACGUGCCGUUGCGGGAUCAACGACGUCGAGCGACCAAUGACGCGAUAUCGACCAAUGACACGGCGGAUCCUCCCGUUGUCGUCGUUGUCAUGGGACCUCCGGGAGUUGGAAAGUCCACGCUUAUCCGGUCCUUGGUCAAGCAGCACACCAGUCACAACUUGACUACAGUCACCGGACCUGUCACGCUCGUUACGGGCAAAAAUCGACGCGUUACGCUCUUCGAGUGUCCCUCCACAAGUACCGAAGCCAUGCUGGACUGUGCCAAAAUCGCGGAUCUCGUAUUGCUCUGUGUCGAUGCCAAAUUCGGAUUCGAAAUGGAAACAUUCGAAUUCCUCAAUAUGCUCCAAACCCACGGCAUGCCAAAGAUUAUCGGCGUUUUCACACAUUUGGAUCAGUUUCGGACCGCAAAGAACCUAAGACGCACCAAAAAGCUGCUCAAGGACCGAUUCUGGACCGAAAUUUACAAUGGAGCCAAAAUGUUCACCUUUUCAGGAGUUGUCAAUGGCCGGUAUCUCAAGACCGAAGUCAGGCAGCUCGCGUUGUUCAUUUCAAGAGUCAAGUUCCGCCCCUUGGUUUGGCGCAAUACUCACCCGUACGUGCUGGUGGAUCGACACGAAGACAUGACGCAAGUUGCGCUCUUGGACGAGGAUCCAGAAUGCGAACGAUCCGUCGUUUUCUAUGGAUACAUUCGAGGAACCAAUCUUAAACCGGGAGCCAUGGUCCAUGUCAUUGGAUUGGGAGAUUAUCCCAUUGGUUCCGUAUCCACCAUUCCAGAUCCAUGUCCCACUCCCCAGGUCGAGGGAAAACGGGAGUCUUUGACCACGUCGGGAUCUCGAUUUUUUGCUCCCUUGUCCAACGUGGGAAAAAUUGUCAUGGACAAGGACGCCGUCUAUAUUGAUGUCGGGAAAAGUCGCAGAAGAGAUCCUCUGGCAGCCGCCGCAGAAAAACAACAAUCCUCAUCAGAAAGCGACAGUGAUGACAGCAGUGACGAGGAACAAAAUAGUGGCAACGAGGAAGAAGAAGAUGAUGAAAUCGACUCGGAUGACGAAGGAGCCAUGCUGCAAAAUCUACAGGAUGUUCGUGAUGGAUUGGAUGAAAAAAGAAAACGCUCGGCACUCUCGAUUUUUGCUCACAGCAAGGCUGUACCGCAAGAUUCUUCUUCUUCUGAGGACGAUGAUGAGGAUUCGGACAGUGACAGCGAUGAUGGUGACAGUAGUGACGAGGACGGUCUAACCCAGAAAAGACCUGCCACAUUCGGUGCGGGUGGUGCCGCUGCCAAAACCUCAGGCGACUCUGACUCCUCAUCGGAUGACACCAAUGACAAUGACGAAAGCGAGGAAGACGACGGCCCCAUUGCAACCAGAAAAGCAAACAUGGUCCAACGGGCAGCGCAAUCAUUCUGGGACCGAAAGUCCGCUGCCUUGAGUGCCCAGAGCUACAUUUACGGAGAUGACAAUGACAAUGAAUCCGGCUUCCAGGAGGGCGACCAUGAAGACGACGACGACGGAGAUGACAGCGAUUCCUCCGAUGAAGAAUUCUUUUCCGUGAAAAACAAGAAGGAAACCAAAAGCCAAUCAGCAGACAAUGGAACUCGCCAAGCGAAGCUCAAUCUCACCGAAGACGAUUCCUCGAGAGCUGGCAACCUACAACGGGAUACGUUUGAGAUGUGGCCCUGGCUCCAGGAGGGAGAGGAUUGCCUGGUAGAGUCGCUGCGAGACAGAUUUGUCACGGGAAAAUGGGAAUCCAGCAGCGACAACAUGGCAGACGCAGGCAAUGAUCAAGUGUUUGGUGAUUUUGAAGACUUGGAAACGGGAGAGGCAUUUGGGUCAUCCGCUGCAAAGACUGAUGAUGAUGACGACGACAGUGAUGUCGACACGAGUGGAAUGACGGACGAACAGGUCAGAGAGUACAAUGCGCAAAAGAAGUUGAAGCGCAAAGCAGCCAAAGCAGAGGAAUCGGAUGAUGAGAAUGCUGAUGGAAAGCAAGGCAAUGCUCAGGAAGGAGACGACGAUGAUGACACCAACAAGUAUUUGGAGUCUGUCAAACAAGAGAAAGAACAGCGGCUCCAGCGAAACAUGGAAGAGUUUGCAGAGGAUGGAGAACGGUCUCGUGUUCGACACGAAGGCUUUCGUCAAGGGCUGUACUGCCGCAUCAAAAUCGACGGAAUCCCAGCCAGCUUUCUAGAUGCAUUUGACCCGAACAUGCCUCUUGUUAUUGGCGGCCUCGCUUCGGGAGAGCACCAGUUGGGACUGGUGCGGUGUCGCUUCAAGAAGCACCGUUGGCACAGAAAGAUAUUGAAAAGCAACGAUCCACUGGUCUUUAGUGUCGGAUGGCGACGUUUCCAAAGCAUUCCAGUCUUCUCCACCGAGGACGAAAACGGCAGGUUGCGGUUCCUGAAAUACACACCCGAGCACAUGCACUGUGUCACAACAUUCUACGGUCCCAGCAUCCCACCCAACACGGGUGUCCUCGCGAUUCAGAAUCUCAACGGUAAAGUACCUGGCUUUCGGAUCUCUGCAACUGGCGUCGUAUUGGAGCUUGAUUCUUCUUUCCCGAUUGUCAAAAAGCUCAAGCUGGUUGGUUCGCCAAGCAAAAUCUACAAGAACACUGCGUUCGUUUCUGGCAUGUUCAACAGUGAUUUGGAAGUGAGCCGCUUUGAAGGUGCCAGCAUCAAGACUGUCAGUGGCAUUCGCGGGCAAAUCAAAAAGGCACUGCGCGAAGGGCAGCCAGGAUCCUUCCGAGCAACAUUUGAAGACAAGAUUCUCUUGUCUGACAUUGUCUUUUGUCGAACCUGGAUGCCCGUUGAAAUCAAGCAAUACUACAAUCCCGUGACCAAUCACUCGGCGAACGACGGCUCAUGGCGUGGGAUGAAGUCGAAAGCUCAGAUGCAAAUUGAUUCGGGUACUCCCAUCAAGGUCAACGCAGACUCAAUCUACAAGCCGAUUGAGCGGACUGAUCCACGGUUCAAACAGAUCAAGAUUUCUCAGCGACUGGAACAAGAACUACCAUACUCUAGCAAACCCAAGCACGAACAAUCGAAGAGGAAGAAGAAGGCUUACGUUGCGAAGAGGGCUGUGGUGUUGGAGAAAGACGAAAAGAAGAAGCUUGGUUUCAUCCAGGCCUUGAACGCCAUCCGGGACGAAAAGGUUUCGAUCCGGAAGGAUAAGAACGCAGAACGCAUUCGUCAGAAGAGUGCAGAGGCAAGUCAGAAGGCGGGUAAGCUUGCUGCCCAGCAAAAGGCCAACAAGAAGCGUCAAUACCGAGCAGAGGGCAAACGAGAGAAAGGGCGCGAAGCAAAGAGAUUGAAGGGUGAAACAUAGACCUAGAUUGUCACUAACUAGCUAGCUAGCUAGUGUUAUAGCAUCCAUCCUAGCUAGAUAGUAGGCAGCUACCAGGUACCGGUAGUGAAUGCUGGAGCAAAGA